AUGAAAAAAUUUGGCUGGCUGGCUGGCGGACGCCCCGCAUCCCGCCUUCCCGCAUUUCCAAACUGCCACACCUCUCGCCCCCUGUCAUCGUCGUCGUGCUUUUACGCGUACUCGUCACCUCCCAAUUCCCCUGGUGGGCUGCCGCUGUUCGUGGCUUUGCCCGCUGGGGGCUCCGCAUCGGUGGUCCUCACUGGUGCCCUCGGCGUCAAGGGUGCCUGCCGGCGUCGCUCCGCCGGUUGGAUUCAUCUGGAUCUGGGGCCGUCCAUUUUCAGCGCUUCCCUGCGCUAUUGGCGGCUGCUCUGUGACUCGUCGCGUGACGGAUGUGACUGGGGGUGGGGAGAAAUCCUUGGUCAGCCUGCUGCUGGCCGAGACAGAGGCACCGUUGUACCUACCUCACCGAACAGAACAGUCCACGCUCACACCCCCGGCGUCACCGACACCAUCUCUCUCCACCACGGCUUCUCCCUGCAGCCUUCCCUCCACGUGACGGUAUUCAGCCAGCACCCUCCUCUCACCGCCGCCUCGCCUCCCCUCCAUGCCACGGCGUCCACGACACAUCUGGCACGAAUCAGCCGGAUCCGACAGGGAGGUGCAGCAGGGCUCCCUGUCGAUCUCCAUGGCGAGGCCGUCGUACCCGAGGGCGACCACCACGGCGAUGCAACCUGCUGCUCAGCGCGGCGCCACCACCUUCUCCGAUUGGCCCAGCGGCAGCACGGCCGUGCGCGUCGACAAGGCCAAGGCCAUCUGCGCCGAACACGGAAGACCGUCAUCAAAGUGGGCUAUUCCAAGGGAACCAUAUGCGAAGCUGUAGAAAAGCUAAAUGUUGAUCCGUUCAUCCUGGCAAGCCACAACCAUGUGCGAAGCUGCAAAGCCACAAGCAUGGAUGUCAAGAUGCAAGAUGUUGGUGGAUUCGAGCGUGCAAAAGGGCAGCAAAGGGUGAGGCAGGCAGCACUUUCAAUGGUUUUGUCGCAAAAGGAGCAGACUUCAUCAUGGAGCCAUCCUUUGCCCAGCAACCUAUGUACUUUGAACGUCCACCAUCUUUAGACUACAUGAUAUAUCUGCAAUCAUGAUCUCAGUAAAUCCUUGAGGUAACCAAUCAAGCCCUCCAUUUUUGCGGAUUCAGAGACCUGAUAUAGCUUCAUCCAUUCCCUUAUAUCCUUCAAGAUCCCAUCAGAAACCAUUUAUACAUGUUGUUAUAUACUUAUACGAGCUUAGCUAAAACCAUAAUUUUUGUUUGUUAUCCAUUGUACGACAGAACGAACGUGCAAAACAAGGUUACUAAUCCAAAAUCUUUCAAGUGAUUCAGAGCUACAAAGAGAGCACACUCAAUGUAGUUCGAAAUAGGGAUCCCUUUGAAAUAUCCUGCCAAAUAACUGGAGGUAUAUGACACAAAAAAACCGGAAUGGUAAUUGUUUAACUGAAAAUCUUGUAAUUUUACUUUGUUUCUUGUCGCCAGUUUUCUCUAGUAAGAGUUUUAGUGCAAGAAAAAAACUUGGGAAGACUUUUAAUAUUGCCAAUGAGUUUUCUCUAGGUAUAAACAGGCCACUUGAUGGUUCUGGGCCAGAUCCCAUGGCUUGCGAAAGGGAUUGCUCAAAUUAGUAAAAUCCAAUAUCGAAGCCAUUUUAAUAUUGCCAAUGAUUUAUACCUAGACUCCCUUUGGAAAGUCCAAUCGUUGAGGCAGAGGGGAUUGGUGCUUCACACUUACAUGCCGCUCGAUGGUUCUGGGCCAGAUACCAUGGCUUGCAAAAAGGUAUUGUUCAAAUUAGUAAAAACCGAUAUUGGAGCCAUUUAAUUAUUCCCAAUGAGGUAUACCUGGACUCCGAGUCCAAAGUUCAAUCGUUGAGGGAGAGGGGAUUCUUGCUUCACACAUAAACAGGCCGCUCGAUGGUUCUGGGCCAGAACCCAUGGCUUGCAAAAGGGAUUGCUCAAAUUAGUAAAAAACAAUAUUGAAGUCAUUUAACUACUGCCAAUGAGUUAUACCUUGGUUCCCUUUGGGGAGUUCGUCAGUAUUGGUGAUAUCACCAAGAGGAUGUCGGAUGCCAUUUCUCGCAUCCGUUUGUCGCUGUCCGAGUUGUUUAGCAAGAUUCACCCUUUCCCAACAAGAACCAAACGGGGUCAAGUUGUUUGAGGACAUAACUGUCACAGACAAUUAGCAUUGAAAAAAAGAUCAACAAGUAUCAUCUACUAAUUUUUUGAUCAAAAAGUAUUUAUUGUGCCAUCAUGCUGCUGUAGCUGAGCUUUACUACGUACUGAAAAUCACGCUGCAACAAAGUGGAUAUAGAACACAAGAAAGCUGGUUUUGAAAAUAUUUUGUAUACUUAUAACAUCUUUGUCCUUAUUUUGAACAGUUGGACGAGCUACAGUGCUGCUCUACAGUGCUGAUCUAUUGCCUAGCAUAGUGCUGUUGCUACUGCUUUUUCUCUGGACGAGAUGUGGCUGCACCGAGAUGGAUUGAGCAGGGGAGCACCACAACAAUGCUAAUUCCUCCCUAACUCUCUCUCAUUUGAUUGCAGAAUACUGUGCUCACUCCUAUCUCUCGCAUGCUUGUAGGCUUUCAAAAGUGAGGCUGGGGCGCGGUGGUGAGGUCAAGGCAUGGGUUGUUCUGCAUUUUCAAAGAUAGUGUUCUAUGAUCAAAUUGGUGUGUCACUCGUGCGGAAGUGGAAUGUACACUCUGACUGAUUCACAGUAUAAUGAAUUUGAGGACAUGCUACUCGCGUUGACAUUAGAGAGGAGUCAGAUAAAGGAGACCAUGGGAUUUGCGUUAGAUAACGCUGAUGCUGCUGGAGAGGUUAUGUAGCAGCCAAUUUGUACUCAUAUGAACAGGGCAAUGGUUUAAACUCGGAACGACAGUAGGUGCUGACCUGUGGCUCCACCUCCGAUGGCAACCUUCGGCUCGCAGCCGUGGUGGCACCUGUGCCUGGCAAACUUUGAAGAAACAGACCUCGCCCGCCCGCUCCGAUGGCAAACUCCAGGGAUCCUCGCUGAGACGUCGAACCGUAAACAAACAUGCCUCACCCGCCCCGCUUUGAAGAAAGAUAAAAGUCUGAUUAGAAUUGCGAUAUGAUUGCUAUUGUACUGUAUAUGGAAGGUUCGAUUUGUUUGGGCAUGGGAAGUUAUUUGGAAAGAAUGAAUAGGAAGCACGCGAUUGAGGAUUUUUUUUCUGAAAAUACCGAUUCAUGAAAGGGAAGCACGCUGGUUUUUAUGUACUGGUGAUUUUGUCCCCUUUUUCCAUGUGAGAGAGGUGGAGUAAAGCGUUUUUUUUGGAAAAUAA